AUGUUUCCCCUAGGUUUUGCACCUUUCGUGUUGGCAUUGGCUGCCGCAUUUAAGAUUCCCAAUAGAGACUAUGACGCAAGACAAUACUUCAUCGUGGAACUAGACGGACAAAAGACUCCGUCGGGUGAUUCUUUGGGUCUGUUCAUUGACCAAUUCAACGAGACUUUCACGUAUGAGCAUCCGGUGCGGGGCUUAGACGACCAUUAUGUGUUUUCUGUCCCCAAGGAGCAUGCCUACAUGGACUUUAUGGGCAACUAUAGAUCCAACGACUAUAAUCUUCUAAAGCGCUCGGCGGGGUUUGAGCUGCACCACGAUGCGUUGGUAGCAUUUCCUAGCAUGCGACUGAUCCAUAUGCUCGAGCCAAAGAUACUCGAAAAGCGUCUUCCUGUGACCAUAGAAAGAGACGAUGCUCAAUGUAAAAGAAAGCGCCUCGAGGCCGUCGACUCUUCCCAGCUUCCAGCCAAGGAGGUUAGCGAUAAGUUGGAUAUCCAAGAUCCGAUCUUCUUUGAGCAGUGGCAUUUGGUGAACACUUUGUCACCUGGAAAUGAUGUCAACGUCAAGAACGUAUGGUAUGAUGGGGUUCGCGGCAAGGGCGUCACGGUCGCCAUUGUAGAUGAUGGCCUCGACUAUGAAACCAAAGAUUUGGCUGACAAUUUCAGUAAGGACGGCCUGUGGGACUUCAACGAUAACAACCCCCUCCCCAAACCACGUCUUUUCGACGAUUAUCACGGCACCCGGUGUGCUGGAGAAGUCGCUGGUGUGAAAAAUGAUGUCUGCGGUGUGGGCGUUGCCUAUGAGAGUAAAGUGGCGGGCAUCAGAAUUCUUUCGGGCAAAAUCACUUCUGAGGAAGAGGCUGCCGCUAUGAUUUACGGUUUGGACCACAACGAUAUAUAUUCUUGCUCCUGGGGCCCCACAGAUAAUGGUCGGACUGUUGCAGCCCCAGAGGCAAUCGUGCAGAAGGCUAUUAUCAAGGGUGUCCAGGAUGGCAGAAAGGGCAAAGGCGCCCUCUAUGUCUUUGCCAGCGGAAAUGGUGGCCGAGUCGGUGACCAAUGUAACUUCGAUGGUUACACCAAUUCUAUUUACUCUAUUACUAUCGGUGCUAUUGAUUACCAUGGCUCCCACCCAAGUUACGCCGAAACUUGUUCUGCGGUUAUGGUGGUAACUUACAGUUCGGGCUCAGGAGAACACAUUCACACAACUGAUAUUCAUAAAAAAUGUACCACAAUUCAUGGUGGCACAUCCGCAGCAGCUCCUUUAGCUGCGGGCCUUUUUGCAUUGGCAUUACAAGUUAAUCCAGAGCUUACAUGGAGAGAUAUGCAAUACGUCACUGCGAUUUCUGCUGUUCCAGUUAAUGAGGAUGAUGGUGAGUACCAGGACAUUGCACUUGGACAUAAAUACUCGCAUAAGUAUGGCUUUGGUAAGAUCGACGCAGAGAAGCUUGUUGAGCAAGCAAAGAAUUGGACCAAUAAGAAGCCUCAAGCAUGGUACUAUGGAGAUGUUGUUUCAGUAGAUAAGCGUGCACAAGGAGCCGCAGACGCUAAUUCUGAAACGAUUACAUCCACCUGGAACGUCACGGAGGAGGACUUAGAGGUGAUGAAUUUGGAGACCUUGGAGCAUGUCACAGUGAAGGUCAAUAUCGGCUCCAACUAUCGUGGAAAGAUUGAUGUCAAGCUUAUCUCUCCUACUGGUAUUGUGAGUAAAUUGGCCUGGUUCAGGGACAUGGAUAGUGCUGAGAGCGGGCUCAUCGAUUGGACGUUUAUGUCUGUAGCUCAUUUCGGUGAGAAAGGUGUUGGUGAAUGGAAGAUUGAGGUUUUUGGCGGCACCAAUAACGAGAUUCAUUUCAAGGACUGGCAACUCAAGUUCUAUGGAGAAAGUGUCGAUGCAGACAAGGCGGAAAUCUAUGAUCUUGACAAGGAUUAUGCUCUCGUCAAGAAAGAGCGUCUUGAAAACAAGCAUCUGAAGCCCGACGAACCUCAGGAGCCAAGUCUGAGCACUGUCGAGGAAAGCACUACCUCAAGUCCUGUCGACUCCACAUCAAGUCAGGAGCCAACCUCCACCGCAACCUCAAGUGAAGCUAUUACAACAACAUCUGAAAGUGCAACAACUCCAAGUAGCGCCACUUCUGCCACUGCUUCUGCCACCGCGACUAACCCGAGCGGAGAGCAACACUCGGGCGAAAGCAAGAGCAGCUUCCUCACCCUAGGCCAGAGCGUCUUGGGAUUCGCGGUGAUUGUUUUUGUAUGUGUCAUUUGCUACAUCAAAUGGCCACGGAAUCAAAGCAGCUCCCGUAGAAGAAGAGGUGACUACGAGUUUGACGUCAUCCCAGGCGAAGACUACACGGACAGCGAGGACGACAACGAAACCUUUGAACUUACACCUUCUCAAGAAGACCUAGAGCAAGAGAGACUUUUCACAGAAGCUGACAUUACCGGAGCCGGCGACUACGAUGACGACAUGUUUCAAGUUGGAGACGAAGAUUUUGACAAGGAACAUGGCGAGGGUACUACUACGGCUGCAACGGACAGUGACGCUGGUCUUGUAGACAAGAAGGGAGAUGCAAAUAUAGAUGCGUCUACGGAUGGGAAGCAAGGGAACGCGAAAUAA